AUGGCACAACCAGGUGACGGUUCGAAAGCCCUGGAAAAGGCCGUGGAGGAUGGCCCCGUAGUGUCAACGCAGCGACAGACUCCCUCGCGCGCCUCCAGUACGACAAUCGGGCAGCAUGCAGGCAAAGAACAAGAAGCCAAAUCAACUCCGGCGGCCAAUUCAUCCGAUUCAGAUGCCUUAUAUGCUCACAUUCCAGAACACGAGAAACAAAUUUUGAAGGACCAGCUUGAUGGACCGGAAGUGAAGGCAUCAUUCGUCACCCUCUUUCGAUAUGCUUCCAAAUGGGACAUUGUGAUUAUGAUCGUGAGCGCUAUCUGCUCUAUUGCAGCUGGUGCAGCGUUGCCCCUGUUCACGAUUCUAUUCGGUUCGCUAGCCACGGCCUUCCAAAGUAUCACUUUGGGAACCAUUCCAUACGACCAAUUCUACGACAAACUAACGACCAACGUUUUAUACUUUGUGUACCUCGGUAUCGGUGAAUUUGUCACAGUCUACAUCUGCACCGUUGGAUUCAUCUACACUGGCGAGCAUGUUACGCAAAAGAUCCGUGAACACUAUCUUGAGGCCAUUCUGAGACAAAACAUGGCCUAUUUCGAUCGCCUGGGUGCCGGUGAAGUGACCACCCGCAUUACAGCAGACACGAACUUGGUCCAAGAAGGUAUCUCCGAAAAAGUUGGGUUGACUUUGACCGCAAUCGCUACCUUCGUCACGGGUUUCAUCGUCGCCUAUAUCAAGGGUCCCAAAUUGGCCGGAAUUUGUACAUGUACCAUCGUUGCGAUUGUCUUGAUCAUGGGAGGCAGCUCGCGAUUCAUCGUCCGGUUUAGCAAGCAAGCCCUGGGCAGCUACGGUGCCGGUGGAACUGUCGCGGAGGAAGUAAUUAGCUCCGUUCGAAAUGCCACCGCAUUUGGCACUCAAGACAAGUUGGCCAAGCAAUACGAAACACAUCUGGCCGAAGGAGAGAAAUGGGGCAUCAAAGUGAAAAUCAUAGUUGGGGUUAUGAUUGGUGCCAUGUUCGGAAUCAUGUUUAUGAAUUACGGUCUUGGUUUCUGGAUGGGCUCUCGCUUUCUGGUCGCCGGCGAUAUGGAUGUAGGUCAUGUUUUGACAAUCUUGAUGGCCAUCUUGAUCGGCUCGUUCAGUUUGGGAAACGUUGGUCCACACGGUCAAGCUUUCACCAAUGCUCUAGCCGCAUCUGCUAAGAUCUACAAUACUAUCGACCGCCACUCCCCAUUGGACCCUUUCUCUGAUGAAGGAAAAACGCUCGAGCACUUUGAAGGAAACAUCGAGUUCCAGGACGUCAAGCACAUUUACCCCUCGCGCCCGGAGGUCACGAUCAUGGAUGGCGUCUCGCUGAGCAUGCCUGCUGGAAAAACCACGGCCUUGGUUGGGCCUUCGGGGUCUGGAAAAAGUACCGUGGUCGGCCUUGUUGAACGCUUUUACCUUCCUGUUGGCGGUACUGUACUGUUGGAUGGUCAUGACAUCCAAACUCUCAACCUUCGUUGGUUGCGCCAACAAAUCUCACUCGUCAGUCAGGAACCUAUCCUUUUUGGGACCACGAUUUAUCAAAACAUAUGUUACGGUCUUAUCGGUACGAAGUUCGAGCAAGAGCCUGAAGGAAAAAUCCGCGAACGAGUUGAAGAAGCAGCGAGGAUGGCCAACGCCCAUGACUUCGUCACAGCACUGCCAGAAGGAUAUGAAACCAAUGUUGGCCAACGGGGUUUCCUGCUCUCUGGUGGUCAAAAGCAACGUAUCGCCAUUGCCCGUGCCAUUGUCAGUGACCCGAAAAUUCUGUUGCUUGAUGAAGCAACAUCUGCUUUGGAUACCAAGUCGGAAGGUGUUGUGCAAGCAGCGCUUGACAGGGCCGCUGAAGGUCGGACAACUAUCGUGAUUGCACACCGCUUGUCUACGAUUAAAUCAGCCCAUAACAUCGUUGUCUUCGUCGAUGGUCAGAUUGCUGAGCAGGGCACUCACGACAUGCUCGUCGAUCGCGAAGGCCCUUAUCGCAGCCUUGUGGAGGCGCAACGUAUCAACGAGGAGAAGGACGCGGAUGCCAUGGAAGUUGAAGAGGAAACCGAUGAGAAACAAGUCGCCGCCGAAGAAGUUGCUCGCAUCAAAACCGCCACGAGUGCCUCGGGUUCGAUGAACGAAAAGACCGAUCAGCCCCUUGCACGAACGGAUACCAAGCAGUCUAUUUCGAGUAUCGUCCUUUCGCAAAUGCCACCCGAAACCCAGAAGAAGUACUCUCUGUGGGCAUUGAUCAAAUUCAUUGCGGGAUUCAACAAGCCCGAGCUCUUAUACAUGUUUAUCGGCCUGGUAUUUUCUGUUCUUUCUGGUGGCGGCCAACCGACUCAGGCUGUGCUCUAUGCUAAGGCAAUCAGUUCGCUCUCCCAGCCUUUGAGCAUGUCCGACCAGAUCCGACAUGAUGCGAACUUCUGGUCGUUGAUGUUCUUUGUAGUUGGCAUUGCUCAGUUCAUCAAUUUUUCGACUCAGGGAACGGCGUUUGCUGUCUGCUCCGAGCGAUUGAUCUGUCGGGCCAGAAGCAAGGCAUUUCGGGCAAUGCUCCGCCAGGAUAUUACCUUUUUCGACCGAGAAGAGAACAGCACUGGUGCUCUGACGUCUUUUCUCUCUACGGAAACGAAUCACCUGUCUGGGAUCAGUGGUGCGACUCUCGGAACGAUUUUGAUGACGACUACGACACUUGGAGCGGCUAUCAUUAUCUCAUUGUCGCUUGGUUGGAAGCUGGCCCUCGUGUGUAUUUCUGUGGUUCCGGUUUUGCUUUCCUGUGGAUUCCUCCGGUUUUAUAUGCUUGCUCGAUUCCAAAACCGAUCCAAGAAAGCCUAUGAAUCGUCCGCCAACUAUGCAUGUGAGGCGACAUCUGCCAUCCGUACGGUAGCUUCUCUUACUCGAGAAAAGGAUGUCUGGGAACAGUAUCACGGCCAACUUGAGGAGCAAGGUCGGAAGAGCUUGGUCUCCAUCCUGAAGUCCUCUGUUCUCUAUGCUGCUUCCCAGGCCUUGGUUUUCUUCUGUGUUGCGCUUGGUUUCUGGUAUGGUGGUACUCUUUUGGGUAAGGGUGAAUACGACAUCUUCCACUUCUUUGUUUGCUUUGCAGAAAUCCUUUUCGGUGCGCAAUCUGCCGGAACGAUCUUCUCGUUCGCACCGGAUAUGGGCAAGGCGAAGAAUGCUGCUGCAGAGUUCAGAAUACUGUUCGACCGGAAGCCCGCCAUCGACACCUGGUCUGAGGAGGGCGAAAAGAUCGAAUCGAUUAAAGGCGAAGUUGAGUUCCGCGAUGUGCACUUCCGGUACCCGACUCGUGGUGAGCAACCUGUUCUCCGGGGCUUGGACUUGAGCGUUAAGCCUGGCCAGUACAUUGCACUUGUCGGCCCCAGUGGAUGUGGUAAGAGUACUACGAUUGCUCUUCUGGAACGCUUCUAUGAUGCGCUUGCCGGCAGUGUCCUUGUGGAUGGCAAAGACAUUACGGAGCUCAAUGUGAACUCGUACCGCAGCUUCUUGUCACUUGUCAGUCAGGAACCCACGCUGUACCAAGGAACGAUCAAGGAGAACAUUCUGCUUGGGUCUGAUAAGGAUGAUGUCUCGGAAGAGAAUUUGAUCAAGACAUGCAAGGAUGCCAACAUUUACGACUUUAUCAUGUCUCUUCCUGAGGGCUUCAACACUGUCGUUGGUAACAAGGGUGGCAUGCUGUCAGGUGGACAGAAGCAACGAGUUGCCAUUGCCCGCGCACUCCUCCGGAACCCAAAGAUUCUCCUUCUUGACGAGGCUACAUCAGCACUGGACUCUGAAUCGGAGAAGGUCGUGCAGGCCGCUCUGGAUGCCGCCGCUCGCGGACGUACCACCAUAGCCGUGGCUCACCGUCUGAGCACGAUCCAAAAGGCCGACAUCAUCUAUGUGUUCGACCAGGGCAAGAUCGUCGAAAGCGGCUCACACCACGAACUGAUCCGCCUCAAGGGACGGUACUUCGAAUUGGUGAACAUGCAGAGUCUCGGAAAGGCUCAAUAA